AUGGUCAAAAUAGCACUGGCACCUGCCCCACCUCAACCACUUGCUAGCAAGCGACCGGUUGCUGCCGGAACCGUCCCUCAAAAUAAUGUUCCAAGAAUUGCUGCUAAAAAGCCUUUGGUAGCCCCUUCGCCAAGGGCUGUUUUAAGUGCCGCUGCUUCAAAUGCUGUUAGUAGUAUUCCAACUAAUAAUCCUGUUAAGCCGGUCUUGACAACAGCUUCAGCUUUAGCUUCAUCAACUAGAAGUAGAACUUCAGUUUCUGCUGCCUCUCCAGUGGCAGUAUCCUCACCUACAGCCACAGCGGCAUCUUCUCCUGUUGAUACUACUGGUGCCGCUCCGGUUUCUAAGAUUUCUACUUCAAAAGUAUGGGUUCUUCCUCCACGUCCUAAGCCAGGCAGAAAACCUUCUGUGGACACUCCUCAGAACAAGCGCAAAGCACAGAAUAGAGCUGCUCAAAGAGCAUUCCGUGAACGACGUGCUGCAAUGGUUGGUGAACUCGAAGAAAAAUUAAAUGAGCUAACCAAAGAACGGGAUGCUCGUGAGGCUCGUCUUGAAGCUCAACUUAAAGCUGUCACUCGGGAAAACGAGAAUUUGAAGCGGUCGGUGCGAGACAUGCAAGCUCAACUGGCCAAACAGAAUGUAUCGUAUCAAAUGGCCUCUCCUCCUAUGUCUUCUCAUGAAUCGCCAAUGGAUAUUCUCGACCGGGUACUAGAAGAACGACUUCCUGUUCCUGACAAAAGUCGAACAAACUCGUCGUCAGACGCUUGUGGUGUUUGUAUCAAGGACGACUGUAUCUGUGAAUCAGUUGGAAUUAAAGCCAGACGUACUUCAAACCAACCUGUUUCUGCUGUUAGUAUGUCUACUACUCGUUCGUCUAUUAGCUCAAUCACUGGUACUUCGUCGGCUUUUAAAACCAAUGAUCAAUCCAAUGCAGCCGCUACACUUGUUGCUUCAUCCGUUACCGCACCAGCUGUGUCUUUAAAGAGAAACCAACCUGAGUCCAACGAUGACGAGCCGUAUGAAAUUGAUUUCACAGAAAUGUUUUCACGUCCUGCCAAGAAACAGGCACCACCACUUCUCGUUCCUUCUCCUGUUCCUGUGCCUAAACAUCGCACCUCGUCGACAAGAACCGUAUUAAAGCCACCUGCUGACAGAUGUGGAUUCUGUUCUGAUGGUAACCCCUGUAUGUGUGCCGAAGCCGAGGCUGAAGCACAAGCUGCUGGAGAUGGUGGCCAUUUUAUCAACGACAUUGAGGAAGACAAUACAUUACCACCAAUUGUUCUCAACAACAUGUGGUCAUCUUCAUACCAAAACACCAACAAACUACCUGCUCUGCACCCCGGUCCUUCGCGAGAGGUGCCUCCAUCACAGCAACCACCUUCUCCACAAGUGGCUCUACCAGCCGCCAGUGUUAGCUCUAUCACUGCUCCCAGUUACGAAUGUACAGGAAAUCCCGGUACUUGUAUGCAAUGUCAAACAGAUCCUAUGUCGACACUCUUCUGUACGACCUUGGCAUCACGACCUGAAAAGGGCGAUAGUGAGAAAAAGAAAGCAGUGACCACUCCCUCGACUCCUACUGAGAAAACACGAGCCGGUUCUAGCUCGUUCAUCUCGGCGUCUGCUGCCUACAGGACCCUGUCACGACAUAAGGAUUUCCGAAGCGCCGACUUUGGCGCACUUGUCGGCAAACUCAACACCCGUGGCAUGCAAGUCGAGGUCAACUCUGUUGCUAACGUCCUCCGCGAGCUGGACCGCAAGCUCUACUCCUCCUAA